AUGGCCCCUUUUGCCUUCGUACCCCAUGAUAUAUAUGUGAGCCGAAAUUACCCUGACGAUAGUAAUAAUUACAAGACUUCCAGCAAUCAUGGCGGGUUCGAUUUGUUUCAAGCCCGAGAAGCAUCCAAGGAUCUGAUCUUCGAGAUCCUGAAGGAGAAAGUCGCAAAGAUUGAUAUUCACAAUUGCCACCCUGGCGAGGAGGACCCUUUUUAUAUUGCGGAUUUGGGUCAGGUUUACCGCCAGCAUGUCCGUUGGAAGAAGAAUUUAGGACGCGUGAAGCCUUUUUAUGCUGUCAAAUGCAACCCUGACCCUCAAGUCUUGCGUCUCAUGGCGAACCUGGGCAAUGGUUUCGAUUGUGCGUCGAAAGCAGAGAUCGAUUGUGCUCUUGGUGCUGGUGUCGACCCGAGCCGCAUCAUUUAUGCGCAGCCGUGCAAAACAAAGUCCUAUCUCCGCUACGCUUCCCAGGUGGGUGUCAAGCAGAUGACAUUUGACAAUUCUGAUGAAUUGUACAAGAUCAAGGAAAUGUGCCCCGAAGCAGAACUGUAUCUCCGCAUUUUGACGGAUGACUCCGCCAGUCUGUGCCGCUUGAGCAUGAAAUUCGGAGCUUCCCUUUCCAUUACGCGCUCUUUGCUUGAGCUAGCCAAGGAACUCAAGCUCAAUGUCAUUGGUGUCAGCUUCCACGUCGGGUCAGGAGCCGAGGACCCUAGGUCAUUUGUCAAGGCUGUGGAGGAUUCCCGCUACGUAUUUGACCAGGCUGCUGAAGUUGGAUUCGAUCUCAAAGUCCUGGAUGUCGGUGGGGGAUUUUCUGAAGAUACCUUUGAGCGCUUUGCAGCUACCCUCGGUGACGCUCUUGAUGAGCAUUUCCCUCCCCAUAUCCGCGUGAUCGCUGAGCCUGGACGCUACUAUGUUGCUUCAGCGUUCACACUGGCUGCCAACGUGAUUGCACGCCGCGACGUCAGUCUGGAAAUGUCUGACUCCGAAUCCACGAGCAGCGCCACCGAGGCCUACAUGAUCUACCUGAACGAUGGUGUCUACGGCAACUUCUCUAACAUCAUUUUUGAUCACCAGCAUCCAGUGCCGCAGAUCCUGACAAUGGAAAGCCCAGUCUGCACACCCAUCGAGUAUUCAAUCUGGGGUCCGACUUGUGAUGGUAUUGAUCUAAUCACAGAACGCAUCACCCUCCCGGGAGCCCUGGACGUCGGCAACUGGCUCUAUUUCGAAAACAUGGGCGCGUACACUAAAUGCAGCGCAACGUGCUUCAAUGGGUUCACCGACAAACACGAAGUCAUUUACAUCUCUACUGAACCGAGUGCUACUGCUUUACUGGGGUACUCAGACUGA